AUGGCUCAUUUGAGUGUCUUGUUUCCAGGAUUUGUCUGGUUUCUGUACCUCUUUAGCUUAUUUUUGAACCUACCAAUAGCCAUCUGCAAGGAAACUGAAAAUGAUAGGCAAGCUCUCCUUUGUUUCAAGUCCCAGCUAUCAGAUCAAGCGGGAGUUUUAGCUUCAUGGAGCAACACUUCAUUGGACGUUUGCGGCUGGCAUGGCAUCACCUGCAGCACAUCAUCUCCUCGCAGCGUGAUUGCGCUGGACCUUGAAUCAGAAGGCAUCUCAGGCUUCAUAUCACCUUGCAUUGCCAAUCUGACCUCGCUUACAAGGCUGCAACUCUCAAACAAUAGCUUCCAUGACAAAAUACCUUCCGAGCUCGGCAGCCUGAGACAGCUCGGCAUCCUCAACCUCAGCAUGAACACUUUGGAAGGUAACAUCCCAUCUGAACUCUAUGCAUGUUCCGAACUUCAAAUCCUGGAUUUGAGGAGCAACUCUCUCCACGGCGAGAUCCCCCCUAACCUAGGCCAACUCAAGAAUCUUCAAGAGAUUGAUCUUAGAAACAAUAAGAUACAAGGGACCAUGCCUUCUUCCUUUGGGAAUCUUCCUGAGCUGCGCAUACUAGUUCUCGAUAGCAACAGGCUUACCGGCAACAUACCACCUUCUUUGGGCAGCAGCCGUUCUCUCACAUAUGUCUCUCUUGGGAUGAAUGCUCUAACAGGCAUCAUCCCAGAGUCCCUAGCAAAUAGUUCUUCCAUACAAGUACUUCGCCUCAUGAGCAAUAAUCUUACCGGAGAACUACCAAAGGCUCUCUUCAACACAUCGUCUCUUAUUAAAAUUUUCCUCCAACAGAACAAUCUUGUUGGUUCUUUGUCAAUUGUUACUGCCAACUCUCCCCCUAUUCAAUACCUCGACUUAAGGAAUAACCAUAUUUCAGGGAAAAUACCUUCCUCACUAGGGAACCUUUCCUCCCUCGUUGAUCUUCGCCUUACAGAGAAUGAUUUAUUUGGGAGCAUACCCGAGAGCUUAGGUCAUAUCCCAACACUACAGGUAUUGGCCAUGAAUGUGAACUACUUAUCUGGGACAGUUCCACCAUCUCUCUUCAACAUGUCAUCACUGACAUUUCUUGCCUUAGCAAACAACUCUCUUAUUGGAAGCUUACCCUCCAACAUUGGUUACACACUCCCAAAUAUCCAGACAUUAAUCCUCUCAACAAACAAGUUUGAUGGUACAAUCCCAGCUUCUCUUGCUAAAGCAUUCAAUCUUCGUAUGCUUUACUUGUUUAACAACAGCCUAACUGGGCCCAUACCCUUGUUUGGGUCAUUGCCAAACUUGGAGAAACUUGCUUUGUCAUACAACAAGCUAGACGCAGGAAAUUGGGGGUUUAUCUCUUCACUCACAAAUUGUAGUAGGUUGACUACACUGGUACUGUCUGGGAAUAAUCUCCAAGGAAAAUUGCCAAGUUCUAUCGGAAAACUUUCCAAUGGGCUUGAAUGGUUAUUGCUAAGGGAGAACAAAAUUUCUGGGUCCAUACCACCGGAAAUUGGCAAUCUUAAAAGCCUCCAAAAUCUAUACAUGGAUUACAAUCUCAUCACUGGUAAUAUACCACCAACAAUUGGGAAUUUGUACAACUUGGUCUAUCUAUCCUUUGCUCAAAACAGACUUUCCGGGAAAAUCCCGGAUACUAUUGGUAAUCUAGUUGAGCUAAGAUCUCUGAAAUUGGAUGGGAACAACAUUAGUGGUAGUAUACCUCCAAGUAUAGGACGUUGUAAUCACCUCGAAAUACUGAAUCUUGCACACAACUCACUAGAUGGCAAGAUACCAAGUAAAAUCUUCAAAAUUUCUUCGCUUUCUGAAGAGUUGGACUUGUCACACAAUUACUUGUCUGGAGGAGUGCCAAUGGAAGUAGGCAGUCUCAUUAAUCUGAAGAAAAUUAGCAUAUCAAAUAACAGGUUGUCUGACAGCAUCCCAGCUAGUGUUGGCCAGUGUGUGGUUCUGGAAUAUCUUGAGAUGCAAUGCAACUUCAUUGUCGGAAGUAUUCCACAAACUUUUUCCAAGUUACUCAGCAUAAAAAAGAUUGAUAUUUCACACAACAGCUUGUCCGGAAAACUUCCCAAGUUCUUCACAUCCUUGAAAACCCUGGAAGAUCUCAAUUUAUCCUACAACAAUUUUGAUGGAACAGUUCCAAGUGGUGGUAUUUUUCAUAAUGCUAGUGCAGUAUCAGUUUUAGGAAAUGAAGAUUUGUGCACUGCUAGCACUCCAAUAAAAGGUCUACCUUCUUGUUCCACAUCAGUUGGCAGGAAGGUCCUACAGAUAGUAAUGCCAACUGUUGUUCUUCUUAUAUUAAUUUUGCUAUGUGUUGCAAUAAUUUAUUGGAGGAAGCGGACGCAAGUAGUACCACAUUUGCAAGAAUUCAAUGAGCACAUAAAGAAUAUAUCAUAUGAAGACAUUGUGAAGGCAACAGAUAAGUUUGCAUCAGCAAACCUAAUCGGAUCAGGAUCAUUUGGAGUUGUUUACAAGGGCAGUUUGAUGUGUAAGAAAGAUGGAGUUGCCAUCAAGGUUUUUAACCUGAACAUUUCUGGAUCAGAUAGGAGCUUUAUUGCAGAGUGUGAAGCCCUACGGAAUGUCCGUCAUCGAAAUCUUGUAAGAAUCAUCACUUCCUGCUCUUCCGUGGAUUCUGCGGGAGAAGAUUUCAAGGCCCUGGUAUUCCCAUACAUGCCGAAUGGGAACCUAGAAACGUGGCUACAUCCUAAAGCUCAUGAAUGUGGUAAAAUAUUUUUUUUGACAUUGAGGCAAAGGAUAAAAAUUGGUUUGGAUGUAGCAUUUGCUUUGGAUUAUCUCCAUAACCAAUGCGCAUCUCCACUAAUACACUGCGAUUUGAAGCCAAGCAAUAUUCUUUUGGAUCUUGACAUGGUUGCCUAUGUCACCGACUUUGGCCUAUCAAGGUUUCCUACAUCAAAUGCACAUGAAGAUAGUUCAACAGAUUUUGCGUGCCUAAGAGGAUCAGUCGGAUACAUCCCACCAGAAUAUGGCAUGAGCGAAGAGAUAUCAACCAAGGGUGAUGUGUACAGUUUUGGAGUGCUUAUGUUAGAAAUGAUGACAGGGUGUAGUCCAACUAACGAAAAAUCCAAUAAUAGUGCAAGCCUUCAUGAAUUAGUUGGUAGAGCAUUCCCAAAUAAUAUUUAUGAGGUGGCUGAUCCAACAAUGCUGCAAGAUGAAAACAAUACAACCGAAGUGAUGAGGAGCUGUGUCAUUCCACUUGUAAGAAUUGGCCUCUCCUGCUCCAUAACAUCUCCCAGAGAGCGGCCUGAUAUGGGACAAGUUUCCAGAGAGAUCCUUAGGAUCCUGCAUCUGGCCUCACACAUGGGUGUGACAUGA